GCCGGGACACGGAGCCCGUCCAGGGGGAGAAAUCACCGCCACGACCGUCACUUCACAUCACAGCUCCGAGAUGACAAAGUCCCAGUGAAGCUGAGAGAGAUGUCGCAGAAGAAGAUAUUCCUGGUUUUCGUUGCCAUCAGUACUGUCAGUCUUCUGCUGCACCAUGGGGGCCACUUCAGCUGGACCAUGGAGGCUUUCCACCUCGGUUGUCCCGCCCUCCGUUCCCACCCUGCCGCAGGCUUGAAACCUAAACACACCAAUGUGGCCUUCCUCAAGACCCACAAAACGGCCAGCACCACCAUGCAGAACCUGCUCUUCCGCUUUGCGGAGCACAACAACCUGACGGUGGCGUUGCCUGUGCAGGCCUGCAGCCACCAGUUCUGCUAUCCACGCUCCUUCACCUCUCACUUUGUCCAUUCGCACACGCUGCCGCCAAACAUCAUCACCAGCCACAUGCGCUUCAACAAGGCGGAGCUGCAGCGCCUGAUGCCAAACGACACAAUAUAUGUCACAAUAUUGAGAGAGCCGGGCUCCAUGUUUGAAUCCUUGUUCAGUUACUACAACCAGUAUUGUCAGAGCUUCAAGAGGGUCCCCAACGGCUCCCUGGAGGCUUUCCUAGAGGAGCCCUGGCGCUACUACCGGCCAGAUGAAAAGGACUCCAUGUAUGCACGCAACACCCUGACUUUCGACUUGGGUGGAGACAAGGACCGCCCAGCAACAGAUGUGGUGUAUGCGCGGGCCUUUGUUGCAGAGGUAGAGCGAGUUUUCUCCCUGGUGAUGAUUGCUGAGUACUUUGAUGAGUCUCUGGUUCUCCUUCGCCAUCUCCUCUCCUGGGAUCUGGAUGACAUUCUGUACUUUAAGCUCAACAUGCGGACCCCGAGCUCAAAGCGGAGCCUGACACCGGGCCUCCCUGCAAAGAUCCGUGCCUGGAAUUCCUUGGAUGCACGUCUCUACGACCACUUCAACGCCUCACUGUGGCGCCAGCUGUCAGCCCUGGGUCCGGCCUGUGUGGCAAGGGAGGUGCGACUCCUUCGCCGAGCCCAGGAGAGGCUCAUGAGGAGCUGCUUCGGUGGGCGGAUGCCACUUCUCCGCUCAGCAGCACAGAUCAAAAACAAGGAUCUCCGCCCCUGGCAGCCUAGUGGAAAAGUUGAUAUUGUGGGCUACGAUCUACCAGUAAAUCUCAGCCGUGGGUUCUCGAGCCAGGCCCAGGAACUCUGCCUCAAGCUCAUCAUGCCAGAGGUCCAGUACACACGGGUUCUCCUACGUUCCCAAUCACUGCGCUACCGACGAAGCUACCAGCUCCGGUCUCCGCAGCAGUCACAUCCCCUCCAGCAGCCCAUACGUACAGUCCUGCCCCGGCACCGCAGUCAACAACCUCCUGCAGCCCCCGGCCCUGCGUCAGGAACAGGGUCCACCUCCACUUCAAAGCCUGCUGCAGGAACUCAAGUUGCCGUGGUUACCCUCCUGGAGGAGCAAAAGGCGUGGCUGACGGCUGAGGACACCGUGGGCUGA